AUGACGAAAUGCAUAAAUAUCCUGAAGCUGCCAAAGCUGUCUUGUCAGACUGUUUAUGUUGAUGAUGUCAUCUCUGGUUCAUCAAACUUAGACUCAGCAAGGGAAUUGAAAAAUCAGCUUAUACAGCUUUUUCAUAGUUGUGGAAUGACUUUGCACAAAUGGAACUCUAAUUCUCCUGAACUGUUGGAUAGCCCUUCUACAAGCUCUGAGCUUUCAUUCUCCUCCAAAAGUGAUAAUGUGGUUAAAGCUUUAGGCAUUACAUGGAAUUCUCAGAAGGAUGAAUUCAGCUUUAAAGUCUCAAUCAAGGAGAAAUCAUCAUAUACUAAAAGAGACAUUUUAUCGACAAUUGCCAGACUUUAUGAUCCUUUAGGAAUGAUUGGUCCG